AUGAUGUCCUCCACAAACGAAGAGGACCCCUUCCUCCAGGUCCAACAAGAUGUUCUCACUCAGAUGGCCUCGGCUAGGCCGCUGUUCGCCUCAUAUCUCCGCAUCCGCUCCCUCUCCACAAAUGCCGACUCCCCUGAACUUGCUUCCGCUCGCUCCGACCUCGAAGCCGCUCUCUCAUCCCUCGCCGACGACCUAGCCGACCUCGUCGCCUCGGUGCAGGCCGUCGAGUCCAACCCCGCGCAGUUUGGUCUCUCUGCACAUGAGGUGACACGCCGGAAGCGCCUGGUGCAGGAGGUCGGCGGCGAGAUCGACGACAUGCGCGACGAGCUUGCCAAGAAGGUCGACGCCGUCCGUGGAGGUGACCUGCCCGACCCCAACGCGUUCGCCAUCGACGGCGACGGUGACGAUACGUACGCCGAGUUUGAGCAGCAGCAGCAGAUGGAGAUAAUGCGCGAGCAGGACCAGCACCUGGAUGGCGUGUUCCAGACCGUGGGCAAUCUCCGAAGGCAGGCUGACGAUAUGGGUAGGGAGCUGGAGGAACAGCGCGAGAUGCUUGAGGUUGUCGAUGAGGCGGCUGAUCGCGUGGGUGGCCGACUGCAGACGGGCAUGCAGAAGCUGCAGCAUGUGAUACGCGCGAACGAGGAUCGGUAUAGUAGCUGCUGCAUAGCUGUCCUCAUAUUUGUGCUCAUCCUGCUGUUGGUCCUCCUCUUGAUUCUAUAA